GGGCCGCGGCUGGGCCGGCGCGUGCUGCAGCGAGGGGUUUCCUAGGUGAUGGCGGCAGCGUUGCGCGCAGGCUCAGAGCUUCUGGUCUCCCGUGCGCCGGGCCGUGCCCAUAGGUGGACGUGCCCAGCCGGGUUCGGAGGGGGCGGGGCACAGCCUGAAGCUUCGCCCCCUCCCCCCCGGUGUGUCGCAAAUUCCAGUCCGGGCAGGCAACGGUGGGCACGGGACUUCCGGGGCGGGGGGGGGGGGUGGUUGGAGCCUCACACCUCCCACCCCUGCCGCGCGCGUCCGGAGCGCAUGCGCAGUGUGGGGCGGCGGCUGGGGCGCCGGCGCUGUGUUUCCGGGUCGCAGGGAUCGUUUCCGGGGCGUGGAAGCCAGUCUGGGAAGCUGCCGCUGCCGGGUAUUAACUAUUCAUCUGUGUACCUGAUGCUGAAAUUUGUUCCUCUUUAAAUUGAGGAGACCAUUGUUAUGAUUCUCCGUGACUAAAUACCAUUCCCCCCAUCGUUACGUUACAUUACGUUACGUUACGUUAUAUGCCAAGCUGAUACAAUGAUGAAUUCUCAAAGUUUCUCGUUACCAACAAUGGUACCCAGUAGUUCUGUUAUUAAUAAUUCCAUGACUAGUAACUUAUCAACAAACAAUCCACCCAGCAAAUCAGUUCUCAUUAGCAAACCGUUUAAAUGCUCUGAAUGUGGCAGAUCUUUUGCCCAGCUGACAGAGCUGGAGCUUCAUGAGAUGUCUCACGCUGCGGAGCGACCGUAUCGCUGCGAGCUCUGUGGAAAGACCUUUGCGCAGACAUCAGCUCUGGUGAAGCACCAGCGCGUUCACACAGGAGAGAAGCCUUACAAGUGUCCCAUGUGUGGGAAGACCUUUGCUCUGUCCUCUGGCCUGGUACUGCACAAACGCAUUCACACUGGCGAGCGACCCCACACCUGCCCGCUCUGUGGCAAGAAAUUCAUCUCCUCCUCCCACUUGGCCCUGCAUCUGCGCUCGCACACGGGCGAGAGGAAGUACAAGUGCAAUGUGUGUGGGAAGCUCUUCCUACAGUCCUCGCACCUUGUGAGGCACAAAGCAAUCCACACGGGGGAAAAGCCCUUCAAAUGUGAGGACUGUGGGAAGAACUUUGGGCGUGCCUCACACCUGAAGACUCACCGACGUGUCCACACAGGGGAGAGGCCUUUCAAAUGCACCCAGUGCGAGAAGGCCUUCACACAGAAGGCAGGACUAAUCCUGCACAUCCGCCUUCACACUGGUGAGAGGCCCUACAAAUGUGAGAAGUGUGGGAAAAACUUCCGUUCCUCUGCUCACCUCAUGUCGCAUCAGCUCCUUGAGUCUGGGGAGAGGAAUUUCAAAUGUACCACAUGCAGUAAGGCCUUUAAGCAGGCCUCAUCUCUCAAACAGCACCUAAAAACACAUGAAGCCCGUGAGCCUCACCGCUGUUCUGUUUGUAGCCGAACUUUUUCUAGGUCUUCUUAUCUCCAGCUUCAUAUGAGAACGCACAGUGGGGAGAGGCCCUAUCAUUGCAUGGUUUGCAACCGGACUUAUGCCAAAAUGUCUACAUUUGAGAAACAUUGUAAAAAGCAUCAGCAGGAUGAAGAGGGGUGCGACAUCAGGCCCAGAGCAAUGACUACAAGGGCAAAAGCACUAGCUGAAAAGAAAAGGCAGGAACAGAAACAGCUGCACCAAGAUGACCACCCAGAACAACAUCAUCAACAUGACAGAGAGCAGCAACAAGAUGGAGAGCAGUAAAUAAUCACUAAAACCAAAAUUGGGUGUGAUUCCCUGCGUCCCCACCCCAAAUGGGGGAGGGAGUGGCUGAGUUAAUUUCUAUCAAAUAAAAACCCCGAGUCACACCAGUGUUGUUCAAGAAAACAUUCUGACGUGGAAUUCUGCAUUCUAAAGGUGCAAGGCAAACACUUUUCUUUGUCACACCAGACAUCUCUCCAAGAAGUCUCCCAGUGCUCCAUACAAUCAGUGUUGUGUUCAAAAUGUUACACGGUUACAAUAGAGUUUCACAGAGUUCAUCCUUCGCUAUUUUGUUUUAAAUAGGUAGGAUGCCUCUUCUAAGCUAGAGUCGUAAGGAUUACCAUUCAGCCAAAAUGUUCAAUUUUAUAGGGAUUGUUUAAAAAAAAAAGGAGAGGGGUGAGUCUUUGGCUGCAAGAUGUAAAUUGAGAUCCCUUGGGUGAAGAUUAAAGAAAGUGACAUUCCUGCCCAAAUUGGAGUCCAGCUUUUUGCUUACGCUGGUACCAGAAAUUGGGUAGGGAAAGAUGAAUGGAAUUUUAACCUGUGAAGUGCAAUUUGUUUCUAAAGCACUGUAAAUAUCUAGAAAAUAGUGUCUGAGCCUUUUUUUCUUACUUUCCCAAGGGAAAGGAAAGUUCUGCUCAGCAUCCGAGCACGGCUUGGUGCCCUGAGUGAGAUAGGUUUGAAGAGUGGCAGGUCUUACUGUGUGAUGUUGGAGAUCAGCCUUUUUUCAUUUCAGAAAAUAAAUAAGGCAAGUGGGGCGAAUCUGUAAUUCAGGUUACUUUGAACAAUUUUGAACUUCCAGAACAUCAUUUUGUAUCAAAGCUGAAAGAAUAAAUUUUUUUUUUUUUUUUAAUUUUAAGCUUUUCAGAACAGAAAAUUUGUUGGUAGAGAGAGAUUCUAAUCUCUGACGUUGUUUGGCCAAAUCAAGUAUACUGUUAACGUAUUGCUGUCUUUGGUUACUGAACCUAUUACAUUGGGAAAACUUGGAAAUAACUUGAUUUGACUGCGGUCGUUAUGGGAUUUCAUGUUAAAUAUGGCUGAGAGAUCAUCUUUAACAGAACUGAGAUGACACUCUACAGAUUCUGAGGAGCGCUAAACAUAUUUUUAAAGUAAACAAAAACAGCAGGGGAAAAUGUGGUGCCUUUAUGACAGCAUAGCUCUUCUUAAACCAGGGCUUCAUCCUAAGUUCCUAUAAGCUUUAAAUCAUUUUAGCAACACUCUUAUAGAACCUACUUUAAAUGUUUGCUUAUCACUUAUUAUUACACAAAAAGUCACUUAUGCCAGGAAAAAAAGGAAGAAAUCGUUUCCAUAAUUUGAGCAUGUUUAAAUGCAUGUUCCUAUUUUCUAUAUUGAGUGCAUUGACUUUCUCAGACUAACUAUAUUUUCAUGCCGUUGUGUGAAAACACACAUUUUGCACUUUAAGGAUAUAUUUAGAAAGGCAUGUGUCUUUGGUUCUCUGUUGCAUACUCACAGCUCCAUGUUUUUAGGCCAAAAAUGUACUGUUGCAGUUGGAAUGAAAACUUAUGCAUUGUAAAUAUAUCAAAGAAUUGAGUCAGAUGAAUUACACUGUGGGGGAAUUGAAUUCAAUUUAACAGCACGUUCACAGAUAACAAAACUGAUGAAAGAAUCCUUUGACUUGUCUUCAGAAUUUACUGUACAGUGGAUGACCUGAGGUACAAAAAGUCUUUCGCAGACCUGAUAUUUUUAUAUAGCUGAAUUGUACACUUGCAGUAUUCAAACAGACAAAUAGAACUUCUGAUAUAAGUCAGAGUUUAUUGUCAUCGUAACUUAUAAUGCAAACUUUUGCUACAGACUUUAGAUUCAUUCUGUUGUGAACUGUAAUAUUCUUUGAGAGGGACCAGACUCACUGGGAUAUAUCUGCAGUCGUCUGAUGGAGCAGUGCCAUACAAGUAGAGUUUAUCUUUUUGUACUUCAAUAUGCCUAUUAAAAUAACCACUAUAA